AAUGACAUUAGUCAUACGAUAAUAUUUUGCGAGUUUACUGGGUACGGAAAUUAUCGAAAUUACACUCGGAAUUAUCACGUUAUCUUCCCUUAACUACAAAUAUUGGCAAGUCUGUGAUAGCCUCUGCGAUAACUAUAACUUUCUCGACCAUGAUGAUAUCCGUAACGCGAAAAUAUCAACUUAUUUUAAGGUCAAAAUAGUUUACUUUGUAAUUUGUGACUGUACGGGCAGUCUUGUUUAUUAGUUCUAAUGCAAGUUAAAUGACAAUGGAUAGCAACAGUGAGAUAAGUGAGAAAAAGCUGGAUGAUUCCAGUGGAUUAAAGAAGGAAACAGCACAAUCUUUGCAGAAGAUCUGUUUAGUGUGUGGCGAUAAAGCCCUUGGAUAUAACUUCAAUGCAAUCUCUUGCGAGAGUUGUAAGGCUUUUUUCCGUCGAAACGCGUUGACGAGUAAAGAAUUCAAGUGUCCAUUUACCAAUAACUGUGAAAUUACUGUUGUAACAAGAAGAUUUUGUCAGAAAUGCCGCUUAGAAAAAUGUCUCGCCAUAGGUAUGGUAAAGGAGUUUAUAAUGUCAGACGAAGACAAAGCAGAAAAAAGAAGGAAAAUAGAAGAGAACCGAGCGAAGAAACGGCAGUCUUCAGAAGUGGAUGACGGAGUUUCUAGCUCAAAAAACUACAAAAGAGACUCAGAUACAACAUCCAAUUACGUUCCUAUACAGGAAUCUACAGUGCAAUAUGAUGUUUUAAACAGUACAACGUGUAGUCCGAAUAGUACAGUACAAUCUCCUUUAAGUAAUGAAAUCGAUUCAUCAUUACAUUCGCCACCAAUUUACACACAAUACCCUCCGAGUAAUGAAGUGCCGUAUAUGAAAGUGUACCCGAUUGAUGAGAAAAGUGUGAUUAGUCGGGCACUUUACGAACAAAGAAUGAUGGACCAAUACGGAAUGUGUGAUAGUAUGGAGAAUAGCAUGUAUUCAGAGCCGCAGAAGCAGAAUAGCAUACGAUCGCUCCUAACAAAUGGCGACACGAUGAUGUAUAGGGAAGCGAAGCCGCAGCACGUAUGUGAGGAGCUACCCUCCACCAGCUCCGACCCUGACGUCAACAAGGCGCGAGACAUCCUCCAGGACGUGGAGAGGAUAGAACCGAACUCGAUGGAGUCGAUAUUGUGCGAGGCCAUCAAGCUGGAGUUCGAAGCAUACACCUCCGUGAACCCUUGCAGUGGCUCCUCGAGGGAACUUAAUGAGGUGGAACGAGCGAAACUAAACGAACUAAUAGUAGCCAAUAAGGCCCUGCACGCCCCCAUAGACGACGAUGUCUCGCAGCUCAUCGGAGACACCGCUAGUACAGCCGGACUGAAAGACGGCAACAACAAGCACGAUCCGCGGCUGAUCACGAUAGUGAACCUUACGGCGAUCGCCAUUAGGCGGUUCAUCAAGAUGGCCAAGAAGAUUAACGCCUUCAAGAAUAUGUGCGAGGAAGAUCAGGUGGCUCUUCUAAAGGGCGGCUGUAUAGAAAUGAUGAUUCUCAGGAGUACGAUGACCUAUGAUGGCCAGAGGAACACUUGGAAGUUACCCCACUCUCAAGAACAGUUCGGAAGCAUACGCACAGAUGUCCUCAAACUAGCCAAAGGCAACAUCUACCGAUCGCACGAGUCUUUCAUUCGUUCGUUCGAUCCAAAAUGGCGGACCGAUGAGAACAUAAUACUCAUUAUGUCCGCUAUUCUGCUGUUCACCCCCGAUCGGCCGAAAGUCGUGCAUCGGGACGUUAUUAAGUUGGAACAGAAUUCAUACUACUACCUCCUCCGGCGAUACUUGGAAAGCGUGUAUCCGGGCUGCGAGGCGAAAUCCACUUUCUUGAAACUGAUCCAGAAAAUUUUGGAAAUCAGAAAAUUGGCUGAAGAAGUGACGGGAGUAUACUUAGACGUCAACCCUAUAGAACCUCUAUUGAUGGAGAUCUUUGACUUAAAGCACCAUGUCGCAUGAGGCGUUUUGGGCGCUCUGCCUCAGUGCGGCGCGCUGGAGGAGAUCUUCUAUUUAUAAUAAGUUCGUAUUGUUAAUAUUGUUAUUUUUAGAUCAUUUAUACAUUAAGAAUUAAAAUUAAAUGUAAAAAGUCAUUAAGGAUUUAUUUUAUAUUAUUUAAUGUUUGAUAAACUUUAGUUUAAGUUAAAUAACCUAUUUUAUCGUUAGGUAUUGUAUGGAGUUAAUUUUGGGGGAUGGAAACUACAUUAUAUUUUUGACUACUCUAAAAAUAGUACCGUCCUUCACUUACGCUUUGUAUAAGAAAGAGAUAGCAAGUUUUUGAGUUGUCAAACUAUAAAUUUAGUUUUAUCAUCUUCAUAUUACGUAUAUUAAGAUUUGACUCAAUAUUAUUUCUUUCGGAAUAUUUAUCAUUAUUUUAACUCUUGUUAUUUGUACAUAUUAUAACACUUUAGUCACGAUAGCUCUGAAGGGAAUAAAUAUAAAUUCUAAAAGGAAAAAAUAUAUACAGGGUGUUAGUGACAUCGUAACGAAAACUUUGAGGAAUGAUUCAGGCCAUAAUUCUGAGUUGAUAUCAAGUGGAAUUUUCCGUCGCAAAAGUAUGGAACGGAAAAUAAUUUAAAUAAGCUCUAAAAUUUUCAUGACUUCUCCGAAAGGAAAUUCUACUUGAUAUCGACUCAGAAUCAUGGUCUGAAUCAUCCCCUUCAGUAUUCGUUACAGUGUCACCAACACCCAUACCUACUUGUAUGGCUACUGUAUGUACUUGUAUGGGGUGUAAGUGACAUCGUAACGAAUACUGAGAGGGAUGAUUUAGCCGAUUAUUCUGAGUUAAUAUCAAGUGGAAUUUUCCAUCGCAAAACUAUAGAAUUGAAAAUAAUUAAAAAAAAACUAAAAAAUAACAUUCAUUUUGCGACGGAAAAUUCCACUUGAUAUUAACUCAGAAUCAUGGUCUGAAUCAUCCCUCUGAGUAUUCGUUACGAUAUCACUAACACCCUAUAUAUUAGUUAUGUGAUAAGAUAUUUUUUUAAUUACAAAGAACGUGACCGAUCCACAGAUAAUAAAACAAACUUCGCGUAACAAAUGUCAAACGUUGAUAAUUUUGUCCGCUAGGUGCAUUGGAUACGUAAAUGUGGCGCCACUAGCGACCAUUUUAUUAUCUGUGGAGAGCGCGUGUUGCCAAUAUUAAUAUCACAACUGUUUUUAAUUUCUUGAAACGAAACUCCAAUAGCAGGGGGGAUAAAAUGGCCAUAUCGAAGCAAAGUAUGUUAAAUUAAUGACAGGCUUAAAAGGCUACUAGGUCAGAGCCGUUACUCUUUCCAAAAAAAGAGAGACUUUCCAGGGUACAUUCCACAAAGUCAAUACAGAUGGCGCUGUACAGUUUUUCCUUCGUUUAAUCUUCUAAUUUCAUGGAUAACAGACAUAUGCAUCUUUCAUCUUCGUUUUUAGGUACAAACUAUGAUCCUUUGUGUUACACCCACGCACAAUUAUACCUUCCAUUCAUUAUUAUUCUGAUCAAAAUAAAGAGAAGCAAUAUAGAUAGCAACAUAAUUAUAUAGAUAAUGUGAUCAAAAUAUCAUACAUACAUACAUAAACUCACGCCUAUUUCCCACGGGGGUAAGCAGAGACUAUAGAAUUCCAUUUGCUUCGAUCCUGACACACUUCUCAAAAUCAAAAUAUUAAUCAACAUUUUUUUAUAUUCUUCUGCCAUUACAUUGUAUUUUGGAAUAAUUAUGUACCCAAGUAACGAGAAAUUAGGUAAUUAUCACGUUUAAACUGAACAACGGCAUCUAUAUUCUUUCUGGUGAAAGUAACCUGGAAAGUCUCUCAUUCAUCUAAAACAGUAAUAUUGCUUUUUGACAUCGAUGUGGCCUUUUUAUUGAGUUCGUAUCCUUUUAACCCUUUCACGGGCAGACACCAUGGGUCAUUGAUAGUUCAUAAUAGAUAGUACACCUUGGAAUCGGAACGUCAUGUGACGUUCUGUCCUUGAAAGUGUUAAUGAGGAUUUUGAUUGUCUGAAGUUGUUGGUAUAUGAUGAGUUAACAAAUUAAUAGACAGAUACAAUAAAAAUGCCUAUUAACGUGUAUUGGGGCUAAAGUAAGUAUUUUGUAAAGCCAAAAUUACUAAACAAAUAAACAAUAAAUCAGGGAUAAACGUGGGUUCAUUCGAAUUGUAUGAUAAUUGGAUUCAAUUUUGCUUGGCUGUCAAAUACUUAAACCCACGUUCGGUCACGAGCAUUAAUAUGUAUACACUUUGGUACCAUGUCACAUUUAUUUUUUUGACAAAUUGAACUGUAAGUCUUACUAAAUGUCAAAUAUGUUAGUGCGACAGAGUCCUAAAGUGGGUACAUUAUAUUGCUCAUGACUGUUCAUCCCUGGUUUAUUUUUUAUUUGUAAGUUGGUAAAUGUUGCAUGUUACUGUUGGCAGAGAAAGGGAUUGACAUUGUCGCGUCCUCUGUUUCACUCAAAGUGAGAUAGCAUUAUGGAAAGGCACCAAGACAAAAAGACAAACCAGAUUUUGACGUCAAAAAUGUUGCGCUUACAGACAUGAGUUUAUGUAAGUGCAGUCAUGAGUACUUUAGAACUCUGUCGUACUAAAAUAUUUCACAUUUAGUGAGACUUACAGUUCAAUUUGUAAAAAAAAAGUUAAUGUGACAUGGUACUAAUUCUCAAGACUGUACUGUUUACACAAAUCUCCUAUUAAGCAUUUCUGAAAACAGGGUAGAAUUAUUAGUUCACAACCAGUUUUUAUAUAAUGCAAUUACUUGAUAGACUGAGUUAUUUGGAUGUUUGUCGAUGAAAUUAAUAUUCUAUAAAUGAAAAUAUUUACGGGGGAAUGGGGAAGGGGAUAACAUAUCUUAUAAUAUCUACGGCGUCCAGGGGGUUAAAAUGGCUGUGGCCUUUCCUUCGAAGCAAUUCAUCUAAGAAAGCAAUAUUGCUAUUUGACAUUUGUUUGCAUUGCGCACUUUUAUAUGCGCAAAUGUCAAAUUGCAAUAUUGUUUUCUUAGAUGAAUUGCUUCGAUGUGGGUAUUUUAACCCCCGGCAGGUACACGGAGCGGUGAAUAGAAAUAAACAUGAAAGCAUUUUUGUGGCUCAAAACUGACGCAACAAAAAUCGUACCGCGGAAGGUUCAAAAUCAUACCGUCAAUCAAAUAAGCAUGAAUAUGCCACUAUGGCCUUUAUUGCUGUGGUAUAAAGGUAUAAAACGACACGCUCCUUUUGUCACUUACCGGUAUGUCAACUUAUUUACGAAACGGCGUAAGUAGCUAACAGACAAAUAACUUAUCUAGCCUAAAGUGUCCCACUGCUGGGCAAAGGCCUCCGAACACAGCCAAAUAGCGACGUAAAAUCAAUAACAUUAACGUGCUUUUUUAAUUUUAGUGUACGAUUAUUUCCCUUCAGCCAUGUUCGUAAGGGCCUGUUCGCACUAGCGAUUUGUCCGGCGAUUUCCAACGCAACGCGGUCGCCUCGCCGUGAAAUCGCUGAAAAAUCGCCGGACAAAUCGCUAGUGUGAUUAGGCCUUAAUUGCAUACUGCUGUUGACAGAUAGAGAUUGAUAUGUGACGUUCUCUUUCACUCAAACCGAUAUAGCACGUUAGUUUUGGCUACUGUGAGUGUGUUUUAGUGAGUUUUGGCGUCAAUAAAUCAACUGUAGCGAGUAAGAGACUGCUACCAUGUUUAUUUCCGAUCACCAACACGGAGCAAUAAGGCAUAAGACCAACAAGGAUCUUUUGGUACGCAGACGGUACUUUUGGUACACAGCCGGUACUUUUGGUACACAGCCGGUACUUUUGGUACAAAAUCUGAGCGCUUUAUAGAACGAAACCUCAUUUCAUGACUUUUUUUAGAAAAUGCACACCAGCGCCAAGCCCCGUCGCACAUGAAGCCUUAAACUGAAACGUCGCUCGACUCCUUCGGCUUUAUGGAGUUGCUUACCCUUGCCGAGUCUGGAAAAAUGUCUGGAAACCGCUAACUUGAGUUUCCUCGAGUGCGACGGCGCGGCGCUAAACGCUGCAAGAUGCUUGUCUCUGCUCGUAUAAGCCGGAACCUAAAAAAGGGGCAAACCCCCUUUUUUGGUGUCGGGGCUACAUUCGUACGCCAACUUUCCUUUUUUUAAAGCUCUGUGGACUCUCGCUGUCUAUUAACUUCCCCAUUGAAAUAAUUCGCCGUGAUAAAAAAAAAAACUUGUCUAUUUUGCCAAAGAAUCCGUGUCGAAGGGACAUAUAAAUCAAAAAUUGUUGUUUAUACUUUUUAAUGUUAAGCAAUGUAAAACGAAAAUGUUAUUACGAUUAAGAGAAAUAUUUUUAUAUUUAACUACACAAUAAGUGCAAUGUAUUUUAAGACUACAAAAAUAUAGUAGUUUCUUUUAUAAAAA